AUGGUGUCAGUGGUUAUGGGUGGGAAGAAGUUUCUCUUAGUAAAUGUAUACGCACCGUCGGAUGGAGGGGAUAGAGUGAAUUUCUACAUCAAGAUGAAGCGACUACAGUUCCCACCGGACGAGGAGGUGAUCUGCGGGGGAGACUUCAACUGUGUCUUAGACACGAUGGAUAGAUCGGGAAGAAUGGACAAGGACGACCAAGGGGCGAGAGAACUACAAGGGCUAGUUUCUAGCUGUGGAUGGAUAGAUGCAGAUCACCAACAUGAGACGAACAGCCGAGAUCAAGAAGGUCAUGCGAGUACACAUCAUACAUAUCGGCAUCGGUUGCAAAGUGGAGAGCUGGUAACUUCGAGACUAGAUCGUUGGUAUGUCGAGCCACAAGCUCUACAAAUGGUCAGAGGAAUCACAGUGGCUGAACCAGCGUGUCAAUCCGACCACAGGACAGUUCUAUUGGAGAUGCAUCCCCCAGGAGGACCAAUCAGGCUGCGUAAGACAAGCAAGCUCUAUCCAGCUCCUGCGUACGUAGAAACAGCAAUGCGAAGUCUCAUUCAGAGCAAACUGGGAGUCUUUGAGAAUCAGAUAAACCGGAUUCCUGCGCUGGAACUACCUAAGGAAUGGGACAGCUUCAAGAGCAGCUUAGCCAACGAAAUGACGGUGCUAACCAAGGAGGCCAGACAACGGACGACGCGCGGAUUUCGGCAGAAAAUCAAAAGGUUAAAGCAACAGCUUGCAAAGUUGCAGUAUGAGAAGGAGGAGCAGUAUAAUGAAUCGAGGAAAAUAUUGGCGGAGCUGCAGGCUGUCCAAGACACCAGGCGUCUGGUAAGGAGAAGGGCUUUGAUUUUUAGAUCAAGGUGGAACACAAAGACAUCCACUCGAUUCUUCUUCAGGCGGAUUUGCACAAAGUUUGGAGAUACAAUCAUACCAAGAUUGCGACAGAUAGCUCACGGAGUCCACAGAAGCGAGCAUCAGCAGGCAGACAUUCUUGCGGACAACUGGACGGCAAUCCUGAACGGGGCAAAAGCAACCAGAAGGACAUCGACGCUUACAUUGCUAAUUUUUCUGGGAAGUGGACACAGCAUGACCUCACCUCGCUGGACGAGGUGA